AUGUUUGCCAACCCACCAGGGCUAGCUGAGGGGGGCCCAUUCCUGGGAGGCCCACCUCCUGGGAUAUGUCAGCCCGAACUCCAGCCAGACAGCAACUCCAACUUCAUGGCAAGUGUCAAGGAUGCCAAUGAGAAUUGGCAUGAGAUGCCAGGCAGAGUGGAGCCCACACUAAUGGGCAUUUCCCCUGAGUCACCCUCUGACAACCAGGUCUUCCAGAUUUCUGGACUCCCCGAAGGGGAAGUGCGAAGUCCUCCAGAAGGGGCAGAGAUUCCUGGGUCUGAGCCUGAGAAGAUGGGUGGUGUCAGCACGGUCUGCUCUCCGCUGGAGGAUAACGGCUAUGCCAGCAGCUCUCUGAGCAUUGACAGUCCUAGUAGCAGCCCUGAGCCUAUCUGUGGGACCCUUGGAGGCCCUGGCCCUCCAGAUCCCCUUCUGCCUUCAGUGGUCCAAGCAGUGCAACAACUGCAGGCUCAGGAGCGCUACAAAGAGCAAGAGAAGGAGAAGCACCACGUGCAUUUAGUGAUGUACCGCCGCCUGGCCCUGCUUCAGUGGAUCAGGGCCCUACAGCACCAGUUGGUUGACCAGCAGGCCCGCCUGCAAGAGAGCUUUGACACUAUCCUAGAUAACAGAAAGGAGCUUAUCCGCUGUCUCCAGCAGAGGGCAGCACCAUCCCAGGGCCAGGGCUAA